CCACAAUCUCCAUCGAAAAAAAAAUAUAUACAUAUAUCAUUAUUUUUUUGUAAGAAUUGUGAAAGAGGGAAAAUAAUAGCCACCCACUACUAUAUAAUACAUCAAAACCAUGAACCAUAGUCCAACUAAACAUCUAUCAUCCUCUUCCAUCAACAUUACAGACGAGAAGAUGGUGAAAUCGUGUGAGCUGUGUGGUGCAGGAGCCGAACUCCACUGCGCGGCAGACUCCGCUUUCCUCUGCCGCUCCUGCGACGCGAAGUUCCACGCCUCUAACAUCUUAUUCUCCCGCCAUGUUCGCCGCAUCAUCUGCCCUGACUGCAAAUCCCUCACCGGAGAUCUCGUCUCCGGUCCUCUUUCUCCUUGGCCUCCGAGGAUAACCUGCCGCUGCGGGGGCGGAUCGUCUUCGGGAUCAUCUUCUUGCUGCUCGUCGCUGGAUCGUGUCUCAAGCUCCGAGCCGUCGUCGUCGACGAAGACAUCAUCGCGAGGGAAGGAAAAGAGAGUGGAGGCCGUUGCUGCGGAUGGCGUUUUGGUGAAAUGGUGCGAUGAGUUGGGAAUAAAGGGAGAUUCGAGAAACGGGGUCGUUUCGUUGGCGUCUCUCGCUCUGGCCGUUGAGAAGCCGACCAAGGUGAUUUUAGCGGCGGCGUUUUGGUUCGGCGUUAGGAACUCGCGUGAUACGGUGACGUCGUGGCCGAGUCUAAAGAAGGUGGCGGAUGUGAGCGGGGUUGCAGCUGGAAUGAUUCGAGCUGUCGAAAGCAAGCUGGCGCGUGCAGUGACGAUGCAGCUUAGACGGUGGCGCGUCGACUCGGAGGAAGGAUGGGGUGAGAAUAUGUAACGUGGGUCCCCUAGGCCUUUUAGUGUUAGUGAUGAUAUACAAGUUUCCAUCGACGUGUUGGUUUUUCUUUCCAAACGUUUAAAAUGGUUUUCAACCGCGUUUAGAAAAUUCUUUACUAGUGUGGAGAAAUUGUUCUUCAAGUUCCCUUCCUAUAAUGAUUGGGUUUAAUAUUCAACCGAAUUUAAAGAAAAGAAAAGAAAAACUGUUAUGAAUAUUGUGUGAUGUCUAGUAUGGAAUGUUCUAGAUUUA